UCGUGCUUUGCCCGGCAGAGUUUCCCGUUGACACCUGCUAGGUUGGUAUGGACGACCCAUUCAUUCCAAGAGAGGUGGUCAUAGGCCCGGUUGCCAAUUCCAGGUAGGACAACCAUGACCUUAAGGGCAUGUGGCUUGAUUAUCUUCAGGAAGCUGCGUGAGCCGUCAUCAUCCGCUGCCACCACAGCUGGGAGCAAUAUUGAGUUCCUUCUUUUGCAGACGUCCUAUGGGAUUCAUCACUGGACCCCUCCAAAAGGGCAUGUUGACCCAGGGGAAGACGACCUCCAGACAGCCCUCCGGGAGACACAGGAGGAAGCAGGGCUGGACGCCAGUCAGUUCUCCAUCAUUGAAGGCUUUAAGAAGGAACUGAACUAUUCCGUCAGAGGCAAGCCCAAAACAGUCAUCUACUGGUUGGCUGAAAUGAAAGACCACGACACAGAGAUCAAGCUGUCAUCGGAGCACCAGGCCUUUCGCUGGCUGGCUCCCAAGGAGGCCUGCACGCUUGCCGAGUACCAGGACAUGCAGGCCACGAUCCGAGAGGCUCAUCAGUUUCUCUGUUCCCGAGGGUGACCGCUUUCAAAGGACCAGAGGGUUUUAGAGGAAGCUUGGCUGCUAGAAUAAAAGCAGAAUGUCA